AUAUAUAAGGGAAUGAUCAUCGGUAUCAGUGGACAUUCGUCAAAUUUGUUCCAAAGAAUAUACAUAGUGAAAUUCAAAACAUUCAGGAUUAGGAGGGGAAUGCCGCACCUUAACUAAUAGAAGCAAGGCCACAUUUAUAAUCAAGUUGCAGUUGUUUAAUGUGUAAUAACAAUGAUUGAUUUUGUUAAUACUCUUACGUUUUUCGUUAACGGGAAAAAGAUUGAAGAUGACGACGUCAAUCCUGAAUGGACGUUGCUAUACUAUUUACGCAACAAACUAAGAUUAUGUGGUACAAAACUUGGAUGUGGAGAAGGAGGAUGCGGUGCUUGUACUGUCAUGGUGUCAAAGUACGACCGGUUAAGAGAAAAAGAAAUUCAUUAUCCAGUAAAUGCUUGUUUGGCGCCGGUACUUUCAAUGCACGGAUUGGCCGUGAUUACAAUAGAAGGCAUUGGAUCCACAAAAACAAAACUCCAUCCAGUUCAAGAACGCAUUGCGAAAGCACAUGGAUCGCAAUGCGGCUUUUGCACCCCGGGAAUUGUGAUGUCCAUGUACACCCUCCUAAGAAACUCCCCCAAACCCACUAUGAAAGAAAUGGAAGUGGCCUUCCAAGGUAACCUUUGCAGAUGCACCGGAUAUAGACCAAUCAUUGAAGGCUACAGAACUUUUACUGAAGAGUGGGAACGAAGCAGAAUUAAUGGAAAUGGAAUUAACAACGGUAACGGUUGUGCAAUGGGGGAUCAAUGUUGCAAGAAACAAAAGAUCAAUAGAGACGAAGAAGAACUGUUCGAUCCUAGUGAAUUCAUACCAUACGAUGAGUCUCAAGAACCGAUAUUUCCUCCUGAACUCAAACUGACAGACACAUAUGACAAACAAUACUUGUACAUCAAAGGGAAAAAUGUUACUUGGUAUAGACCAAGAACAUUAAAUGAGCUUUUGACUUUAAAACAGCAGUAUCCCCAUGCCAAAUUAUUGGUAGGUAACACCGAAAUUGGGGUGGAAGUCAAAUUUAAGAAUUGCAAUUAUCCAAUCAUCAUACAUGUUUCCCAAGUUCAAGAAUUGUUGAUAACCAAAGAGUUAUGUCGAGGUGUCCAAAUUGGAGCGGGUGUAACUCUGGACGAGUUAGAAGCUUUCCUCAAAGAUCAAAUUAACAAAUUACCAGACUUCAAGACACGAAUUUAUAAAUCAAUCGUGGACAUGUUGCAUUGGUUCGCCAGCAAACAGAUACGAAGUGUCGGAGCAAUCGGAGGCAACAUUAUGACUGGUAGUCCAAUAUCUGAUUUAAUACCAAUUCUGAUGGCUACAAAAGUCAAUAUGGAAGUGGCCAGCGAAGCUAAAGGUAAAAGAAUCGUAUCAUUGAACGAAAAAUUCUUUACAGGCUAUAGAAAAAACGUCAUUGAAGACAAUGAAGUACUGCUAUCCUUGAGCAUACCUUUCACGCACCAAAAUCAAUAUGUGUACGCCUACAAACAGGCAAGAAGGAGAGAAGACGACAUAGCCAUCGUCAACAUGGCAGUACAAAUUGGAAUAAAGAACAGAACAGACAUAAUUGACAGUAUUAGUUUUGGUAUAGGCGGGAUGGCACCAAGUGUUGUUACAGCACCAAUAACCCAAGCCAGACUCAGAGGAAUGCCUUGGAACAGAGAUACUUUAGAAAUAGCCUACAAAAGUUUACUAGAAGACCUUCCGUUAGAUCCCGACGCUCCUGGAGGUAUGACCACUUACAGAAAAUCUCUUGCCUUAAGCCUUUUCUUCCGAUGUUUUUUGACAAUGUGCAAAAACUUAUCUGUUAAAAUCGAUCCUCGUGAAUUAUCUGGGAUUGAGGGCUUCUCUGGUCAGGACUUCAGAAGCUCUCAGUACUUUACGGUAGUACCUGAAACACAAAGCAAAACGGACGCGGUUGCCAGACCUGUUGUCCACCUAUCCGCCUAUAAACAAGCCACAGGGGAAGCUAUUUAUUGCGACGACAUGCCCAAAUUCGAGAACGAACUUUACAUGAGUCUCGUGUUAAGUACCAAAGCUCACGCCAAGGUUGUAUCCAUUGAUACAACUGAAGCGAUGCAAAUGGAGGGAGUUUAUGGUUUCGUAUCAGCUAAAGACCUAAAAAGGAAUUUUUGGGGUGAGUUUAAGGAAGAAAAAGUAUUUUAUUCAGACGAAGUCACCAGUCACGGGCAAAUUAUUGCUGCCGUGUUGGCAGAUAGUCAAUUAAAUGCACAAAAUGCUAGUAAGAAAGUGCGGGUCACCUACGAGGAGUUGAAACCUGUAAUAAUCACAAUAGAGGAAGCUAUAGAACACAAAUCGUUUUUCGGGGAUACCCAAAGGUUAACUCGAGGAAAUGUCGAAAAGGUGUUUGAGGAGGUCCCUCAUGUAAUUGAGGGGCAAUGUCGCGUUGGAGGACAAGAGCAUUUCUACCUUGAAACGCAAUCGGUUGUGGUGGUGCCAGGGAAAGAAGACGACGAGUUGGAAAUAUAUGCGUCAACUCAAAGCACGUCGGAGGUGAUUGCUGAAGUUUCCGAUAAACUGGGUAUUCCACAGAACAAAAUUUUCUGCAAAGUCAAACGGUUAGGUGGAGGAUUUGGGGGCAAAGAAACUAAACCCACAAUGCUAUCGUUAGUUGCUGCUACAGCUGCUCACAAAUAUAGUCGACCAGUAAGAUGCAUGUUGAACAGGGACGAAGACAUAAUGGUGACUGGCGGAAGAAAUCCUUGCAAAUUCGUUUACAAAAUAGGAUUUGAUAAUGAAGGAAGAUUGCAUGGAUGUAACAUGAAGAUAUAUUGCAAUGCUGGACACUCCAAGGAUAGAUCACUUUAUGUUGUGGAACGUGCUAUAACACAUUUCGAAAACGCUUACAACAUACCCGCAAUUAAAGUUGAAGGCUACACAUGCAAAACAAAUUUACCAUCCAACACAGCUUUUCGAGGUUUUGGUGGACCACAAGCAAUUGUCGUUUCUGAAGCAAUGAUAAACGAUAUUGCGGAUUAUUUAGGCAAAGAUCCGGCGGAUAUAAGCAAAAUCAACUUCUAUAAAGAAGGAGACCUUACUUAUUACAACCAACAAAUACAAAAUAGCACCUUGGAACAAUGUUGGAACGAAUGUCUUCAAAUGGCCGAUUAUUGGAACAAACGUCUUGAUAUACUAGAGUUCAACAAGAGGAACAAAUUCAAAAAACGUGGCUUGAGUGCGGUACCAAUAAAAUACGGUAUAGGAUUUGGGGCACCGUUUAUGAACCAAGGAGGAGCAUUAGUUUUAAUUUACACUGAUGGCUCUGUGCUUUUGUCUCAUGGCGGCGUAGAAAUGGGUCAAGGUUUGUACACCAAAAUGAUUCAAGUAGCUAGCAGAGCCUUGGGUGUACCUAUGGAUAGAAUACAUACCAGCAUGACUUCCACUGAUAAAGUACCAAAUGCUACACAAACAGCAGCCAGUUGCAGUUCAGACCUAAAUGGCGGAGCUAUUUUAAACGCAUGUGAGAUAAUAAACCAAAGACUGAAGCCCUACAAGGAAAAAUACCCGGACAAGGAUUGGAAUUUUUGGGUGGAAAAAGCGUAUUUUGACAGGGUUAGUCUGUCAGCUUCUGGUUUUUACAAGACUCCAGACGUGAGUUACGAUUGGAGCACUGGACAAGGCAUGAUGUACAAUUAUUUCUCCUACGGAGCCGCAUGCUCAGAAGUGGAGAUAGAUGUGCUAACUGGAGAUCAUAGAGUACUAAAAACUGACAUCGUUAUGGAUCUGGGACAAAGUUUAAAUCCGGCUAUUGAUGUAGGGCAAAUAGAAGGAGCUUUCAUGCAAGGUUACGGUUUAUACAUGAUGGAGGAAAUGGUGUACAGGCCUAACGGUGAAACUUUUACCAGAGGACCUGGUACUUACAAACUUCCGGGAUUUGGCGACAUCCCAUUGGAGUUUAAUGUUUCUCUUCUAAAGGGCGCAUCCAAUCCACGUGCAGUAUAUUCUUCAAAGGCAAUCGGAGAACCUCCAUUACUAUCAGCUUGUUCAGUUUUGUAUGCCACAACUAAUGCAGUUAAAGCUGCGAGAUUGGAAGCAGGAUUAAGUGGUUCUUUUAAAAUGGAUACUCCUGUAACUGCUGCCAAAAUUCGAAUGGCAUGUAUUGAUGAUAUUACAUCAAAGAUGACUGAACCCAAAGAUGGAACCUUUACUCCUUGGAAUGUGGUACCUUGAUAAUUAUAUUUUAGUUUUAAUAAAAUAAAAAAUUCAAAAAAAA